CACUCUCUUUCUAAGACGCAAAGUGCGCUGCCGUCCGUGUUGAGGCAGAGCAAGUGCCUUGAGAGGAGCGGAGGACACCAGCGGGUCCAGGACAUGUUUGUGUUUGUAUUUGUGUCUCUGAGUGAAAGUGCUCUGCUAUGACAACUGCGCAUCCACUUCUGGGUGUGACAAACAUCUUGUGCGUGUGUGUCACAUUUGGGCAUUUUUCCAGGCGGAGUGAAGGCGCGGAUGACUUGACUUUAUUGUGUCACCAUCACUCCUCCUGCUGAUGUGUUUUGGACGUUUUCUUAGUGUUUUUUUUCUUCCUGUCCAGCCCCAGAUGUUCUGGACACACACACAUGCACCCCCACACACACACACACACACACACACACACACACACACACACACGGGGCUGCUGCUGCGGAUGUCCAGUGAUUUGUUUGCUGAUGUAGUGCUGCUGGUCAGGGGCUGAAGUUGAAGUCUUGAAGGCGUGAGCUCCAAAUGCAUUCGCUCCUGGGCCGGGAGAAGAAAGAAGAAGAAGUCGGGUUUGGGAUCGAUCUGGGUCUGUCUCCGGGCUUUCUGCCCCAAGCUGCCACCAUGUUCAGCUGUGUGGGCUGCUUCUGGGUGCUCCUCUCCUCCGCUCUGGUCGCCGUGUGCAGUUUCAGCUUCAUAUCUCCUGCCUGGAUUGUUAAGGACCAACUGAGGAACAGCCACCACCACCCGCACCACCACGCCAACAACAAGGACUCCGUGAGCUUCGGCUUGCUGUGGCACUGCUCGGAGUCUCUGGAUCACAUGUACCGAUGCUACACCUUCGGGGGACUGGGCAAAUUCGCAGAGAUCCCCUCCAGCUCCUGGCAGACCAGUGCGGUGCUCUGUUCAGGAGGCUGUGCUCUGCUGGCUGUCAGCUCCCUGUUGGCCAUCAUCACCAUCUUCCUGCCCAGUGGAGGAUGUGAGAGGAGGAUCUGCACCUUGGCUGGAUACAUGCAGAUGGCUUCAGUGUUCAUCAUGGCUGCUGGACUGCUGGUCUACCCCUUCGGCCUAAACUCCUCACUGGUCAGGUCCUUCUGCGGGGACUCUGACAUCUACUACGCUGGCGAGUGCCAGAUUGGCUGGGGCUACAUGCUGGCUAUUGUGGGAGUCAUGCUCACCGUCUUCUUGCCCUUUUUUGCUAAAUAUGCACCGAAGGAGCAGCUGUCCCCCACCCCUUUGCCCACGCUGUUAUAGUGCAUUGAUACGAUGUCUUGUUUUUUUCCCUCCUGACCACUCUCUCUAACCUGGGCUUGAUGUCAUGGAGAGACACAUGCAUCCCGUUUUUUUAAAGGCGAUGCUGUUUGGGAAGCCCCACUCAGUGAUAAGUGAAGCUGACGCUCAACAACAAACACUGUCUUCCUGCAUCUGUUAUGUAAUUAAUUCAAAUUCAGUUCAUUUAAAUGGAAUGUUUUAUGUUACAAUGAUACUCUGUGGUUAUCAUUUUUACCCUCAAAUCUAACAGUUUUGUCAGUUCUAGAGAUGAUGCAGUCAGAAAAUGCAAGGACUGAUAACCUCAUUUCACAUGAUUUAAAAAAAAUGAACACGAACAUAACAAGUGAGUAAGAAAAUGUUUUUUUUCCUUCCUUUCAGUCAACAUAUGUAACAUUCCAAAAGAGACUGGAAGUUGGCUGCAUAAAGAGAGUGGAAGCAUGAGAUUAUGUGGCAGUAUGACUCGUCCAAUCAAAUAAUGUUUCAGUAAGAGGUUUUCAAGAACAUGCGACUCAACAGGAGAGCCCCUUCGAACGGUUGGAGAUGGAUGAUAUUAAUGGAUCCACGCGUCCCAGCUCUUAAAGACUUGCAUCCAGUGGCGAUGUUUUGUGCUGCAGCAUUUGGACUGUACAUAUGGUCUGUAUUAAACAGGGCUGAUGUUUGAGGUUUCAAAUUAAAAACAUUGAAAAGAGAACUCUGACACUUUUGCUCUUUAGACUUUUUCUGCCUUCCAGUCUUGGGACCAGGCAGCGAACUAGUGGGAGUCGAGAAGACGGUUUAGCUUUCAAAGACAUUCAGUAACUGUCACAAAGAAAAGAACACAGCAUCAGACCUGCCGAGAGGACACGUGGAAAUGUCUUCUCAUAACAAGGAGGUGAAUCAUUAAAAAUAAGUAGUGGUUUCAGAGCAGUGUUGUCAAAACCGUUAUGUUGUGAUACUGAUACUGCAUCCUUUUGUUAGCCUUUUCCCCCCAGAAUUGUUUGUGUAAUGUAACUCGCUUGUUGAAAAUAAGCAAUUGUUUUCUGUCUACAACACACAAUACUAAACACUCUAAUUCAGGAAAAAAUGAUUGCAAAAGGCAGGGAGAUGUAGGAAUUUUGUCAAAAAUGCAUGAUAAGAUGGGCUUUGUUAAUGGUAGAACAAUUGAUCUAGAUUUUAAAUGUGAUCUGACCAACUUGUGCCUUUUAACAUAACCAAGACAAGUGUUUAAUACAAUUAUCAGGUUAUCAUAUUUUUCUGCUGAAAAACUGUGGAUCCUGUUGUGUGAUGUGUUUUUUUCUCUUAUAUUUUUUUCCUCUCAGUGGUAAAGAGUUUUCUCCUGUACUUGAUGCAGUAUGAUCUCAUUAACUUGAGAAAAUGUUCUGGAGGAUAAAAAAGAUGAUGUCUUCUAAUCUGUAGAGGUAAUGACAGAGAGAAGGAAAAAAAAAGAAAAGCAGUGUACUUGUGUUAAAUUAUGCCCUGAGACAUUUUUGCCAAUUACCUAGAAGAGGUAACUUGAAUUGCGAUAAUAAAAGGUUGUGACAUGCAGCUAACAGAUUAAUUCCUGGCAUCAUUGUCUAAUGUGAUUUAGAAAGUGAGUGGUAGAGGAAGCUGUACAAAUUGAAGUUUGCCUUUGGUUAUCUGUGCUGAGCUGACACAUUAUUCUCAUUAUGUGUAAAAUGUGGCUUAAAAUAAUUAGCUCCUCAAAUAAGCUAAUGUGUUGCUGUGUUUUCGUUAACCUACUUCUCCUUUUAAGCGCUGGCACCAUUCCCAUCAUGUUCCAAGGACAAAAUGUCUACUUCUCCACUUACUGUCCCUGUACACUGCCAAUUUCAGCAAGCUAGACUCCCUUUUCUAGUGGGUGUUUAUGUGCGUAUUAGUGUUAAAUAAUGGGUUGGAUUUUGAUAAUGGGUUAAUCUUUAAAUAUUCCCCAAAUUUUGGUUCCCAUAAUGACAUGUCCUGACAUUAAAACAAUUACUGUGAUUAUGUUGCCAUAUUUGAAAGAAGGUCAGGAGAGAAAUGUUGGUAUUGUAUUGGACCUCAUACUGUGCUUGACUGUGGGAAUGACUAGCGUGACUGCACUGGACUUAUUCCCCUAUUUGUUGAUCCAUUGUGUGUAAAGUCUCAGCACUGGUGAAACUGUUUUGGUAGAGUAGAGUUAUUGUUUUUUUUCCAUUGUGAUGUUUGACUGUAAAUAAACUAAUUGUACUUGA